UCAAUGCUACAGCUCUUUCACUGCGGACGUCGCACGACACAGAACGUUUGCUACAACCCGCUACUCUAUCGAUCACUGGAAAGCGAUGAGACAGUCAGAAACCCUUAUUCGGGAGCCUCUUCGAUGUCGAGAACAACCCUGCACUUGGAAACCCAAGCUGAUUCUAGGACAAUUACUUCAAGAAUCUUUUGAAUGGCCGUGCACAAUUCAUGGAUCCAAGUGUGUCUUUUGAUGCGUCGUCGACAUAAAGAGGGCCACGAUUCCUGUCCUCCAUUGUCCGGGCUCUUCUUUACGCCUCUCUGAGAUCAAUUUCGCCGACUUUUAGAGAGCCCUCCGCCUUGCCACUGUGUUCCAGAACACUCUCCCCUUCCACAACCAUGAGCUCUCUCUUCAUAACGAAUCGUGGCCUCACAUAUCAUGCUGGCUCUGCCCAAGCGAAGAUACCCUGCGAAAUUUGGUCAAUGAUUUUCGUGCGCUGCCUGCCACUUCAGCCCCCACUCGCACCCGGACCGAGGAUGGGACCUCGGCGACGUCUAGCGCCUCUCUCUCUCACUGCUGUCUGCCGACAGUGGAGACUCGUAGCGCUGGACACGUCCCAGCUUUGGCGUUAUCUGCACAUCAAUCUGUGCUCGACACCCAUGCACUGGGACGACCGCACAUUGAUGGAAUUCGCCGUUGUAUGGUUUGCACGUUCGGGUAGUCAUCGCCCUCUUGUCUUCAGCGUGAACAGGGUGGGAAGGCGCGACCUGUUGGGCUCAUACGCGGUGCCGGUGGUGCUCCUCUACUUUUCGUCGAGACUGCAGCACAUCCAUCUUUUCUCUGACCGGCCCUGGAUCUUGUAUCCUAUAUCCGCGAAACCAGACGCGUUCCCCGUGCUAGAAUCAACCGCGUUCUCGUCUGUUCCCAUGCCAUCAAUCAACUCAGUCGCUGCUCCCCGUCUGAGGACGAUGUUCAUUGAUCGUAUCCUCCAACUCGACUUGGCCGGGUGGCCAGCACUCACCUACCUCAACUGUGGCAUGGCAAACAUCCAUCACCUCCGGCUUGUAUUCAAGAAUGUACCCACUCUCGAGAGAUUCUCAGUGGGGAUUUUGGCCUCGAACAUGUGGCUCCCGGUCCCCGGGACUGUUCUCGUGCAUCACAAUAGGCUGCAGCAGCUGAUACUACGCUCCCGUAGCAGUGUCUUCCCACUGUCCUAUUUUCGCUUUCCGAAAUUGCGUGUGCUGGCGAUCAAAGAUGACUUGAACUAUGAGCGCGAGCUCUUCGGGGGUUUCGUUCAGGCAGCAAUGCCAGCUUUGCGCAGUCUCUACCUCGAUUUUCCAGCAGGAUACACGGCCUUCUUACUGCUGCAGAAGUUGCCGUUCCUCGUGGAGUUGCAUGUGUCGAAUCCCGACGUUCUGUUCACGCUAAACUUUUUCCUCGAGUUGAACGGACGCAACCUGUUUCUUGGGCAUCUUCUCCCUCGUCUCGAACAGCUCACCUUCCGGGAUUGCACGGUGCAGCUCUGCUCGACAUGGUUCAGGGCGUUGGCGAAUCGCUCUCGUGAUACCGCCAAGACGGCCAGGCUGCGCUGUUUCCGGUUCUUUUGGCCUCAUGUGUGGAUCGAUAACAGGCUGGACGAUAGGACACUCGACUCCGUGACUGCUUUGGGCCGGCAGGGAAUGAAAAUCUUCGUUGGGGCCGUACGUGAAAAUCCUGACUGUGCCUUUUUCUAUCGUUCUGAGCCUCUCGUGUAGCCAGCUCACCAUGUCCCGUGGGAGUGAAACCGCCGACGUUUGCUUGGCAGAAAAUCAAACCAUGUUCGUAGCACAGUACAUACUCACAAUUCACGAUACCUCAAACUACGUUGUACUUCGCUCUAAGGGACACAUGUUGAGGAAGCCCGACUUGUUGUACGGCGCAACUU